AGAGGCGACCGCCUUAUCGACAGCUGAACAAGUGUAUUCUGCGCUCUGCUCGAACGCAAUAUUACAAUGAAAUUAAAGUAAUUAAACAAAAGAAAUAAUACAACGUGUCAAAGUACUUAAAAACGAAUUUUAAACAUAAUUUCACGCUCGGUUGACAAAAACAUAUUGUGUGUUAAGAAGUGUGUGUUACGUGACAAAGGUUCUAUAAUAAAAAAAACUUUCAUUUCUGAGUUUGGAUUGAGUUGGGAUUAUAUGGAGAUUUGUUAAAGGAUUGAUUAAAAAACAUCAGCAAAAUCAUUCUCGGAUCGAGAACAAAACGGUGUCAACGAAUUUUCUACAUAGAAGACACAACAAACCUCUAUGUCACACUUGGAACAAUUAUAGAAUAUUUUUAUUAUUCGCUGUACAACUCUUUGGACAUUAUAUUUUUAUAUAUUGUUGUCGUAAAGCUGCUGUGAUGAAGAAAACGGCGCCUUCGCCGACGUUCGACGCGUGGUGAAGAGAAAAUUAAAUCAAGUGCAAAUAUUCCUAAAGUGUAAAAGAUAAGAAGUUUCGGUCUUUGCAAAGUUUUUGUGAUACUGUGAUUGGGAUAUCGGAUACCGGAGAAAUGACGUCUAGGUCAAAAGAGAAAGUGGCUGCCGCCUUCCGAAAACUGUUCAAGUCUAGCGAGAAAAUCGGAGAUAAAAAUGAUGGGGCUGGACCCAGCGGAUCACCAGGAAGAAGAUUACUGCGGCGCGGUGUUUCUCCUGCGAGAAGCGGCAGUUUGCCGACUAGUCCUGCUCCUCUCGGCAAGGGAGUCCCGCACAGGCCCGAGGCGCAAAAGACUGUUCGUGCUCGGCGACUCAUGAAGGAGUUUAGAGAAAUACAGAGGCUGCAGCAGAGUCGGGCCGAUCCCGUUUUUACGGUGGAACUAGUGAAUGACAACCUGUUCGAGUGGCAUGUGCGUUUGCAUCGCGUGGACCCUGAGAGCGAAUUGGCCAACGACCUGCGUGACAUGCACAUAUCCUGCAUUUUGCUGCAUCUAGUGUUCCCUGAGAAUUUUCCUUUCGCACCGCCGUUCAUGCGGGUCAUCGAGCCGCGGAUAGAAAAGGGCUUCGUCAUGGAAGGUGGUGCAAUUUGUAUGGAGCUUUUGACACCGCGUGGCUGGGCAAGCGCCUACACGGUGGAAGCAGUCCUCAUGCAAUUUGCAGCCAGCAUUGUCAAGGGGCAAGGCAGAGUCGCUAGAAAAUUCAAAGGAGCCAAAGAUUUUAGCAGGAGGUCUGCAGAAGAAGCUUUCAGAUCACUUGUUAAAACUCACGAGAAAUAUGGAUGGGUAACACCAGCAUUAUCAGAUGGUUAA